AUGCGUUUCGUGACAGCAGUCAAUUUCAAAAUUUUGCCCGUUUUUCGGCAUUGCGUGAUAAACGCUCGAUGCUUCUGUAGAAGUCACCGUUUGAAUUAUCAAGAGUUGUCGACACGCGUACAACCAUCACAAUUUAGGAGAACGAUCUUCACCGAAUACCUUGGUACAUUCGCCAGAAACACUCGUGGACAUCGGCACACUGCGGCUAUAAUUUCAAUCAGAUCGUUCGCAACUAAAAAAUAUAGCGAUAAGGAUCCACCGAGUGAAAACGAUGGAGAUCAGAUGGAAGAUCCGGCUUCUUUACCAGCUACCGUUGUCGUGCCAGAAGUAUGGCCUCACGUUCCUGUAAUCGCAAUUAAUAGAAAUCCAGUGUUCCCUAGAUUUAUAAAGCUUAUCGAACUCAGUAAUCCAAUUCUCAUGGAUUUGAUCCGUAGGAAAGUGAAAUUAAAUCAACCUUACGUUGGAAUUUUCUUAAAGAAAACAGAGGAAAACGAAGCAGAACUUGUACAAAGUUUAGAGGAUAUUUAUUCUGUUGGAACAUUUGCACAAAUACACGAAGUACAAGAUUUAGGCAAUCGGUUAAGAUUAGUUGUGAUGGCCCAUAGAAGGAUUAAAAUUGUUGGUCAAAUUUUGGAAGAAAUUACAUCUAAACCUACGCAUGAGAUGAAACUGACGUUUCCACUACUAAAUACAACAAUUCACGUCCCUGUAGACGAUUCGGUAACUGGUGCUAAACCAAGUCGUAGAUCGUUGUUACGUAAAAGUAGAGUAUCGGAGGCAGAAAAAGUCAAAAAGAUCGAAGAAACGGUUCCUACCGAAAGUAAAGCGCCAGAAAAACUACCAGACAAUACCGAAGAAACGAUUCAUUCGGCAGAUCCUACACCUCAAACUACUAGCGCUCAGCCGUUGUUAAUGGUAGAAGUAGUAAAUAUUACUCAUGAGAAAUUCAGACAAACCGAAGAAAUUAAAGCUCUAACUCAAGAAUUAAUUAAAACAAUUCGAGAUAUAAUAAGUAUGAAUCCAUUGUAUCGUGAAUCUUUACAACAAAUGUUACACCAAGGUCAACGAGUUGUGGAUAAUCCAGUCUACUUAAGCGACUUGGGUGCAGCCUUGACGGGAGCAGACGCACAAGAACUACAGCAAGUGUUGGAAGAAAUGGAUAUAUUGAAAAGGCUAAGGCUAUCGCUUGCGCUAUUAAAAAAGGAAUACGAAUUAAGUAAACUUCAACAAAAAAUCGGCAGGGAAGUAGAAGAAAAAGUGAAACAACAACAUAGAAAAUACAUUCUUCACGAACAAUUGAAAGUUAUUAAAAAGGAAUUGGGAUUGGAAAAAGAUGACAAAGACGCUAUAGGAGAAAAAUAUAGAGAACGAAUAAGGCAGAAGACAGUUCCAAAGCCGGUAAUGGAUGUACUCGAGGAAGAAUUGAAUAAAUUAAAUUUUUUGGAGAGUCAUAGUAGCGAAUUCAAUGUUACAAGGAACUACUUGGAUUGGCUUACAUCUAUGCCUUGGGGUGUAACUAGUCCUGAAAAUUUAAGUCUUCAACAAGCGAUUGAAAUUUUGGAUAAAGAUCAUUAUGGAAUGGAAGAUAUAAAGAAACGAAUUUUGGAAUUUAUCGCUGUCAGUCAAUUGAAAGGUUCGACGCAAGGAAAAAUAUUGUGUUUCCAUGGGCCUCCAGGCGUUGGAAAAACUUCGAUAGCCAAGUCGAUUUCUCGUGCUCUCAACAGAGAAUAUUUCAGAUUUAGUGUCGGUGGAAUGACAGACGUUGCCGAAAUUAAAGGGCACAGACGAACAUAUGUGGGAGCAAUGCCUGGUAAAGUUAUUCAGUGUUUGAAGAAAACCAAAACUGAAAAUCCAUUAGUUCUCAUAGAUGAAGUCGACAAGAUUGGAAAGGGUCAUCAAGGCGACCCGGCAUCCGCACUUCUUGAAAUGCUAGAUCCAGAACAAAACGCAAACUUCUUAGAUCAUUAUUUGGACGUUCCAGUUGACUUGUCGAAAGUACUUUUUAUUUGCACGGCGAACGUGAUCGACACCAUUCCAGAACCUCUUAGAGAUCGUAUGGAAAUGAUAGAUAUGUCUGGUUAUGUGGCGGAAGAGAAGCUUGCAAUUGCUAAGCAGUACUUGGUGCCCCAAUCCAUGAACGAUUCCGGCUUGUCGAACGGACAGAUUAGUAUAGACGAUGACGCGCUUAAAUUAUUAAUCAAGUCUUAUUGUCGAGAGUCAGGCGUGAGGAGUCUUCAGAAACAUAUAGAAAAAGUUCAUCGAAAGGUGGCGUUCAAAGUAGUGAAAAAAGAAGCAGAAAAAAUUAACGUGUCUCCGGAGAAUUUACACGAAUUUGUAGGGAAACCUGUGUUCACGCACGACAGAAUGUACGAGGUCACACCUCCUGGAGUAGUUAUGGGUCUUGCGUGGACUGCUAUGGGAGGUUCCACGUUAUUUAUCGAAACAACGAUUAGAAAACCUUUCGGAGCUAAAAAGUCAGAAGGUACCUUCGAAGUCACUGGACAUUUGGGUGACGUGAUGAAAGAAUCGAUCCAAAUAGCAAUGACGGUGGCAAGGAAAUUUUUGAAUCAAGAGGACCCGACCAAUACUUUCCUUUACGAUGCUCAUUUACAUUUGCACGUUCCUGAGGGUGCAACUCCAAAAGAUGGUCCUAGUGCAGGUAUUACCAUUGCGAUAGCGUUAAUUUCGCUUGCUAAAAACAAAGCGAUCAGACAGAACGUAGCGAUGACCGGAGAACUCAGUCUUAUAGGCAGAGUUCUUCCCGUUGGUGGUAUAAAAGAGAAGAUAAUCGCCGCGAAACGAGUUGGCGUAACCUGUGUGAUAUUACCAGAGGAAAAUAAGAAGGAUUACAAUGACCUGCCUAAAUAUAUAACUAACGGUCUCGAAGUUCAUUUUGCCACAACUUUUGCGGACGUGUAUCGUAUAUGUUUUGCAGAAGACUACGAAGCUGAAAGUCUUGAACGCCAGAAAUCUUUAGAUCUUAAUAUUUCAACUUCAAACACUGCGCCACUUCUAAGUAAAAGCGAAGACUGUAAGCAGUCCUAAAAGCUAAG